GCAUCACACUACUGAGGUCACGUGGGUUGAAUUUUCAGGUGUUAAGUUUAAGUCCUGGUCACGACGAGCCCUUAUUCUGCUUUCGCGCAAACUUAUACCUUGGUUCUACCGUAGCGUGGGUUGAGUACUGGGUUGAUAUUCUACAGAAAAAUGACGGUACACAUUGCCAAGGUCAAGGUCAGACCUCGGAAAAACUUACCCCCGAAUGUCUGUGCAGUGGAGCUCUCAAAUAUGCUAGGGUGCUGGGCAGCAACAGGCGACAUGUUAUCCAGCAAUCAAUGUCAAGCGGCAGCCGAGACUUUGUUUCAAUGCAUGCGCACAGCACCUGUCCGCGGCAAACAACCUAGAUCUUCGAUAAAUUACCACCUCGCUAGACUGGGCAGAAACUCCAAAUAGUCUUAUAUGAUAUGCAGCUCCCCUUGCAUCGCACACAGCUUCAUGAGUUUCAGCAAUGCCUGGCUUUCAUUCAGUGUCAUUCUGAAGCCGUCAUACGUCAGAUCAUGACACGCAUUUUCCGCUCUGCGUUCCCGUUGUGCUGAUUUCAGGAACGUGUCGGAUUUCUCCAACUAGAAAACCCUAGCUGCCUCUUGAGUUUGCAGGGUCUUGUUUUGAAAUGGCACUCGACAAAUUGUCCGUAUCUUUGGACAGUAUGAGCGUCCAAUGCAUACAUCUAUCGUGUUUCGCCCUCAAAUCCAGUCCUUUGGAGUUCACG